AGUUACCCGCUGAGACUUAGAAAUUCGUGAGAGAGAGAGCGCUGGCUGGGUCUGGUAACAGUGCUGCGGCUGGUUGCGUACACCAACAAGUGACUGUCGCUGCCCGCUCGCCCCGCGCUCGCCCUUGGCUCAGUCUCACGCUCGCCGUCGCGGAGUGGAGACGAAUCGAGUGCCCGUCGCUUCUCCUCCUACCUGAUCGCCUCAGUAAUUGUUUCUCCCUGAUCCCUAAAGCAGACGACAUAACAUAAAUUCCUCUCAGUUCACCCGAAGUGUGUCGAAUCGGUCACACUCACUGCUUAGUGUCGCACUGCACGCACACACGUCUCUGUCCGAACGCCAGAUUGUGUCAACUUCCCACACGUGUCUUGCAAUUCUCGCCGAAGUUGACUGAGCGGAAGGAGAUUUCUAAAAUCACAGCACGAACUCGAGAAAACAGACAUCCGGGCUCUCGCUCUUCCCUUCUCGGGCUGGUUCCAAGCUUCAGCACGAAGACGAAUUUGGGUUCUCGCUUAAUGGGAACGGUUUUCUGGUCGAACUCACACAGCUGACUCUGAGUACUCGAGACUUUCGAAACCUCACUCGAUUUCCAUUCUAGUUGUGGAAAAGAUAAACAAGCCCAGCAUUUCCUUGAAGACCCCGAGUCGGUCUUCCGGGAAAGCCCUCAGUCUCUAAGACGUCCCUUUGGAGUAGUGACAGUGUCUGCAUUGGCGUUCAAGGUGUCCUCAAGUCCCGAAAGUGUCCCUUGCUCCCCCGUCAGUGCCCCUGCGAACACCAUGGCGGCGGCACUUGUAGCCCGAGGGCCCGUUCGCUCUCGCUCUACUGAGAUCCUUUGCGUGGGUUCCUUCAGCAUCGUGGUGGACAGCGUGGACGGCGACGUAACCGGUGGCCCUGCAGACGACGAGGUGUUCGGCGAGGACGGGGCGCUACCGGGGGGCGGAGGCGGGGGCGACGGCGACGCCUCCAACGCCUCCAGCCGGGGCUCCAGGACCUCCAUCAGCAAGGAGGAGACAGACGCCAAGCUCGCGCUCUUCAGGGUGAGGAUCUGUGCUGUUUCGUUCGAGUGUCUGUAUGGCUAAUGUUUCCUCCCCUGGAGUCAGUGCGGGG